CCGAGAAGGCAGCCAUGAACUAGUCCUUGCUUGUCCAUUAUUGCUCCUGCUCACUAGAAGACUGCUGCUGCCGACUGACUACUGCACUGAAGCUUCUUCUUACUCUGCUGAAUUAUUAUUCCCUGCAGCAUGACAAAUGUCCAUGUGGGCUUGCAACACACGCCCCUUGAUCUCACUCAUAUCGUCAAUCUCGUCCGCAGUGAUGCUGCAGGCGCCAUUGUCACCUUUUCAGGGACCACGAGAAACCACUUUGCUGGGAAGGAAGUCCUUCAUCUAGACUAUGAGGCCUAUGGUAAAAUGGCUCUGGUCAGCCUCAGACAGAUCUGCGAGGAUGCCAUGCAACGAUUUAGUCUGCGAGGCGCCGCUUGCUUCCACCGCCUCGGCCGUGUUUCAGUUGGCGAAGAGAGCAUCAUGAUUGCCGUUAGCAGCGAUCAUCGGAAAGCAGCCUGGGAAGCAGGAGAGUACAUUCUGGACGAGGCAAAACGGCAGACCGAAGUGUGGAAGCGUGAAACGUUCAAGGAAGAAACAGGUCUGGCAAAAGUAUGGAAGGCCAAUGAAGAAUUCUCAAGAGCACCAAAAUCUUGAUAACAAGGCUCUUGA